AUGGCUUCAUUAGGACAAAUAACGCAGGAAUUUAUUAUUUACGGUUUUUUCACUGUAAUAAUUAUUGGAACAAUUGGUAGCUUAUUGAAUUUGAUCACAUUUUUAUCUCGAACUUUUCGAACAAAUGCUUGUACAUUUUAUUUGACUUGGUCUUCUUUGAUUGAACUUGUUUUCAUCAAUUUCGGCAUUAUUGUUCGUUUUGCAACGGAAUAUUUUGGAAAUAAUUUAAUGGUUAUCAAUAGUAGUAUUUGUAAAGUACGUUCUUACUUGCCAGUAUGUUUACCGAUGAUGGCAUCAACAUGUGUUUUAUUGGCAGCAUUCGAUCGAUGUGUUUCGACAUCACCACGUUUACGAUGGCGACAAUUAAGUUCACUUUCAUUUGCUCGAUAUCUUUUCAUUGUAGUCAUGCUCAUUGAUUUAGUUUCAAGCAGCUUUCUUCUCAUCAUAUUCGAUCUUCGCAAUGGUACAUGUGCACCACAAUCAAGUUUUCAAUCAAUAAUAGUCAGCAUAUAUACUGCUGUUUUUAUUUUAAUUAUUCCUCAUGGAGGCAUGUUGAUAUUUGGCAUUAUGACAUGGAUUCACAUAAAACAAGUACGAAAUCGUGUCACUUCAAUUCAAAAUUCAAGAGUUCAAAAAUGUCUUGUUCAACGUACGAAUCAACAAUUGAUCAUACUAACAUUUCUGCAUGCUUUCUUGUCGACUAUAAUUGUAUCAAUACGUUUCAUCACUUAUUCAUACAAUGUUAUAACAAUUUCGGUAAAGAAGAGCGUUGAACAACAGCAAAUAGAAUAUUUUGUUCAGCAAGUAAGUAUUUUUCUUUACUACAUCAAUCACAGCAUGGCCUUUUAUAUUUAUUAUGGCUCGAGCAGUUUAUUUCGAAAUAACUUUCGAAAAUCAAUGAAACGGUUGGUCGAUAAAUUUUUCUUAUUGUGGAAAUGUCGUUGAAUUCAUUGAAUUUCGUCCAUGUAAAAACUAAACGUAUGCGAAUAGAUAUGUCUAUAUGACUUUACCUUUAUUUCAUGAAAGCAUAUUCAAAUAUAUAAUUCAACCUCAUUAAAAAAUCUUGCUGAAUAUGCAUGAUAACAUUUCGACACGUUUCAACUUCAAACUGGUUAUGACGCACUUCAAAUAAAAUUAAUUUUUCUUCCCGAGUGCAUCAAAAUUAAUCAAAAAUCCUAAACGAAUUGCAACGCUCGCCAUCAUCGUAAUUGUUUUGAUGCACGUUAAUUACAUUUAUACAAUAUAACUGAGACAAAAAGUUUAGAAAAUUAUUACCAAUAAAAUAUUUGUUAUGCUAAAAACAGAAAGUUGCUAUAUAGACGUAAAAUAUAAAUACGUGAUAUAUGACAAUUGUAUUAUCUCUUUUCUUCAAAUGUGUUUUGUAUGUUGAACCAUACAGGUUGUGAUAGAUAUGUUGCUAUGACGAAGAAUAUAUUAUAGUUUUGGCUUCUCUCAACACUGUCUUAGAUUCUUUGAUUCUUUUUCGGUUUUUGAACUUCACAGUUGUGCUUGUUAAAUUUCAUCGAAAUUUAGAAAUCGAUUAAUCUCCUUUUUUACUUGUCUCCUUCCGAUUUCGAGGCCAUUGGGCCUAAAGAUACAAAAUAGUGUUCUAAUGAAAAAUCUCAAAAGAAUUUGAGUCCUUAUUGAUAUUUUCUGGACUUCAGGUUUUUGCAAAACUUCUAUUUUCGCACUUUGCCUUUUCGAGAUAUAAAACUUUCAAAAAAUCCAUGUUACAAACACUAACCGUGGAAAAAGAGUCUAUAUCAUGAAUAUCUUGCAUCUUAAAGAGAUUCUGUUGGAAAAUGCUGAAAUUUCUUUUGCCGAAGUUAGUCUAGUUGAGUUCUUCAUAUAUUCAAAGUUUCAGAUCAAAAUUGGAAAAUAUUUUGGUUUUCUGAAAAUCUAAGGUCCAGAAAACAGACAUGUUUUUAAAUUCGAUAGCUUAGUCAAAUAUCCAUAGGAACCACAAGUCUUUUUAGGAUUUUUAUGAGAACACUAUGUAGCAUCUAUAGCUAGAAGAAGAGCCGUUGAAAUCAGAUGGAUACCGCUGAAACAGCUCCCUCGUAAGUCAUUAUGUAGGUUGACACGUAGAUUCUAAAGGGAAAAAGGAUUCUCAUUUGUUUGAGAAUUAUAUAUAGUUAGUUUCUGUACAAAGUAGAAGACAAAAAUUUAUUCUAUUCACACAAGUAUGACAAAGGAAUAGACGAUACGCUGAGUAAGUAGACUAUAUACGUAUGUGUAUAAUUUAUCAAUAAGAAGUACCAGACCUUGUUUCAAGCUUCUUCUUAUGAAUAUCUGGCAAGGAAAAACGACUGAUUUUGUGACUUUUUGACUUCGAUGAUUUCAAAAUCAUUAAAGUCAUUUAUUUUAUACUCCAUAUCUGUUGUUUUUUCCGAAUAUCACUUUCAAUUUUGUUAUUCUGAAGAUGUGUUAUCAACGGGAGUAGUCACAAUUUUAAUCUUUAAUUUAACAAAACAUUGAAAGUUAUCAUAGGAGCGUUCUUGAAUAAUAUAAAAUUGAGAAAGUUGCAAUCAUUUAAAAAAAAAUUUAUUUGAAUAAGUACAAAACAAAGAGUAGACCUAUGUAUUGUCUACAAACAUUUUCAAGUCAACCAUGAAUUUUUAUAUUGUAGAAUAACCCUUCAUUAUCAGUCGGCCUGCGACGGUGUCUUGUCUGUAAAGAACCGGUAGGCUGUUUGUUUGUGAAUAAAGGAUAGGGGUGGAGGUCGAUAACUGACGAAGUCGAUCCCCUGCAGAAAUAUGAUUUAUGCCAUAUGAAACUCUUGCUCAAGAUAUCCGAAAGUGAUCCCCAGUAGAAUUAGAUCUAUAUCACUUAUUUCUGUCGUGUCCUGGUCUAUUGAAAGAUUCAAUAGCUGUCGUACGUACACUGUAUUUAGUUGUUGAGAUGACCAACUCUUUUUAUCUGUCAGUCCAAAGACGGGUGUGGAUGUUGGUGUAGUUUUAUUCCACCCACAACCAUUAUACAAGACUUGACCUGAAAUUUUGUAGAAUAGUCCGCGUGGUCUUAUUGAAAAAUAUCCUAAAUGAGCCUCUUUCCAUAGAAAAUACACCCGAGUUCGUUGAGAAAUUAAUAAAAGUUUUAUCAGCUGAAAAAAUUCUACCCAGUAUAAAUCAGCACAUGACACUAUUAUAUUCAUAAAAAUAUCCUUCGAAAAUGACAACACAUUUUUUUUCGAAAAUUCUUGUAUCUCUACCUUCAGGACUUUAAGUGAAAAAUGCUUUUUCUGGAAAUCUCUGUAUCGCCUAUGGGAAUUUUUCAAAACAUUUAUCUCAUUUUCAAAGGAUAUUUGUAUGGAAUGUGAUAGAGUGCCAUGUGCUGAUUUAUACUGGAUAGAAUUUCUUUCAUAUGGCAAAACUUUUCUAUUAGGUUUUAGACCAAUUCGGGUGUAUUUUCUAUCGAAAAUGGGGCCAUCUUUGGAUACUUUUCAAUAAGGUUCCGCAGACCAUUCUACAAGAUCUCAAGUUAAUUGUUACAUAACUUUGUAGUACUCAAUCUGUAGUUCAAAACCACAUGAGUCCAACUUCUAUAGACCCUAUUUUUUGGGAGAUCGAAACUUUUCAAAGUCGUGAUUUAGGCCAGAAUCACAGUUUUGUGGAAGGUCUCCUGAGCGAUAGGAGUUAUCUAAAGAACUGCAUUUUUUACUAGAGUACGCACUCAAUGAGGUCUCCCUAUAGCCAAAAAAUGAGCUUCCUCACAUUAUCCAUUCAUGAGAAAUGCGCUUGCACAAAAUACCGAUAAAUAACCGCUUUGCCAGACACCUGAUAGUACUGAUUAACUCAUCAGUAGUUCGCUAAGUUGAACUCAUUUUUUCAUGAUAAAUACAUCACCUUGAGAUGUAUACAUUAUAAAAGUUUCAAGCCAAACGGAUGUAUUUUUGAUGAGAUAUGAGUGUCACAAAAAAAACACCCAGUGUGCUUUUUUUGACCAUAUUUCUCUUAGAAAAAAAAUUUUUUGAAAAGGCUUGCUUAGAAAUUCUUAAAACGUUUCUCUCGACAACAUAUCUUAAAUUGAGUAAAAUCUGACGGCCUCUAUUGGGCACCUAUUAUGGAAGUGGAUUCCAAUUUUACUCAAAUUGACGCACAUAUACUCUAGAACAAGUUUUUGUUCGAACGAAAAUCAAAAAGUCAAUAUUCUAAAAAUUGUUGAUAAUAGCUAAGGAGCAGUCGUACUUAGUUUCAAAGCGGCAGCUCAUAGUUCGUUCAUAAGUGAUAAAUACAAGGAUAAAUAUCAUGAUCACAAGGUAAAGAGUAUACCAGGAAUCUAUGGAAUACCUCUAUGCUGCUUAAAACUCAGAAAAUGGUUUUGAGCAUGUCAGUCUGUAGUGUGCCUCCGGUAGUAUACAGGGUGAUCCGAAAGUAACUCCCUAUUUUAAAUCCUUUAUUACUCUCCAACAACAAAAGAUAUUUCUCUGAUUUUUCACCAGUUUGAAGCACAG